AAGCUGAUGUAAUACUUUUGUGUUGUGAAUGUGCUAUGAGUAAUACUGUUCCUGCUCAGUGUUUGCCGCCGCAUCUGCUUGUUAAUAAGACAACACGUACAUGAAUAUCAAAAUCAUUUGCUUAACAUACACGUAUACCUCUUCUGGGAAUAAAUGUAGUGGUGAGGUUUGCGUCCACGAAAUUCAGAAGUUGGAAGCUUCAUCUUGUCAUUUUAUGUUACUUGUUUCGAUGGAGAGAACUUUUGUAAACGUUUACAAGAAUAUGGAAUCUUCCAAAAUCUUACCACUGCUUCUGGUCUCUGCGACACUAUCAGAAGUGGGAGGAAAAAAUCUUAUUAUUGAGUGUGAAGAGGAUCAUGAAUGUGGAGAAAAGAAAUUCUGCUAUGAAACUGGCCUAUGUGCCCCCUGCACAAACUGUUCCACCUAUUUUAGGAUGCCACAUGAGUGGAAAUACUGUUCAAAAUCUCCAAAUGAAUGUGGACCGUGUCUCCCCGGGUAUGCAGCAGAUCCCCUGACAGAUGGCAGGGAGAGAGAGCUCUGCACACAAGUACAACAAUCAGAGGGCAGCCGAAGUAUUCCAGGUGACCAGUGGUCUAACUGGCCUUCUGGAAUCAUGGUGAUAGGAAUUCCAUUAGCAGUGUUAUGUGUCAUCCUGCUGAUCUGUUGGAAAACUGGCGCAUGUCGAAUCAAUAGAGGUGAAGUUCUGAAAACUGAGCGCCCUUUAUCAGGACCUGUUAACAUGCGACCACCACCUUAUAGCAGCUGUGGAGGAUCACCACUUCUAACAAGACAUACAGGUGAAUCAGAGUACUAUUGUGGCAGCGUGUGGCAUACUGAUCACAAGAUGAGUGGCAGCAGCUACCAUGAUAAAGAACCUGUGAAAACCAGUGAAGUGGAGAAGACCAUAGACGGGGUCCAGCAGGCUACGCCAUUUGAAUAUCAACCAGAUGAACUGCAAAAGAUUAAUCCUCAGUCAAGGACAAGAUCGUCCUGCCGACCAAAUGAUGCCUGCCGACCAAAUGAUGGGACAGAUCAUCAUGAUGAGGAUGACGACAAUGAAGAUGGACUGAGUGUUACGUUCGACAAUGGGGUUAAUGAAGUGGAUCCCUGCAACUCUGGGUUAUCAAAUAAUACUGACCAUAUGGAGGUGGAUCUGAAUCAGAGUGAAGAAGCCGCAGCUCCCAAACAAGGGGACAUAAUGGUUGAACCUGCUUGUAGGAAGUGUGCUUUAAAUAGGAAAACAGGCAGCAAUGAACACAUGUUUGAUACUCAUGGUUCUUUGUGUAACAUUGCCUUGAGAUCAGAUCAUUCUACUUAUAGCUUGUGUUCGGUGUCUGACAUAGAGGGUAGUUCUCAAGUACCUGUACAAUGCUCAUGUAAAAAGAACACAUUGAAAACCUUUUUUUUACCAUCCAAAUAUGAUUCUGGAUUUAUUUCUAAGUCUUCUGUCAAAUUUGAGGAAUUACACGAUGAUACCUCUAGAGAAAAUACACAGACUAGAGAUAAACCACCCUCCACAGAGGGAGGAUCUAUAAAUAUUAAUCUUCCUGUAAAUAUAAACAUAUUAAAUCAUGUUAAUAUUUGUUGAUAAUGAUAGUGACAUGACCUAGUCAUUCACUUUCUUUGCAGCGAAUAUUUUUAAGUAAAAUAAGCACAUAUUAUAAUGCAAUAUUGUGCAGCGGACUGGAUGGAAGUGCUCAAUGUAAUUGUCGUCUAUCUCAGUAAGGUCGUACUUAAUUCUUCCUGUGACUAUCAGUAUUUUAAGAUACUUUAUGUGUAUAUAUGAUUAUUGUACAGAACAAACAUAAAAUGUUUCUUAGUGUAUAGAACUUUUUAUGUUAUAUUGUUAUAAUUUUUUAAUUUUUUAAUAAAAAUGAGAUGAAUUGUGUGUUAUGGAAUAAAGAUCCAAUAAAAGCAGUUUCUUGUAGCAGAAAAUAAUUUGUCUGCAUUCCAUUCUCUGGGUGUGCACUAUAUUUACACGUAGAAUCUGGAACCAAGUGCCACUUACAAGUGUGGGAUUGUC